UUCCGCUCCUGCGCACUAGGCCGCUGCCACCGCGGGCAAUAUGGCGGCCUCCCGCUUGCCUCCAGCGGCGCUGACGUUGAAGCAGUUCAUGAGGAGGCAACAGGUUCUCCUCCUGUACAGAAAGAUCUUGCGAGCGAUUAGGCAAGUUCCGAGUGAUUCUGACCGAAAGUACCUCCAGGACUGGGCCAGGGAAGAAUUUAAACGAAACAAAAGUGCCACGGAAGAGGCUGCAAUCCGGAUGAUGAUCACUCAAGGCAAUGUGCAGCUAAAGGAACUGGAAAGGACACUCGCUUUAGCCAAAUCUUAACUGAAGGAUUCUUUUUCAGAUCUGUGUUUUACACAGGCCCAAAGCCACUGUCACAAAGUACCAGAUGCACAUGAAAAAGUGAUCCCUCCAACCGUGAAUGCAAACCCAGGUGUUAACAUUUCCAUUGCAAUGUGAACAUUUGCACGGAGCGGCUGUAAUUAAAAGAAGAACUAACGACAAGAUGAGAGCUCGGAAACGUGCAUUGCUUGUGUGAAGGUUAAAAGGCAACGACUUAAAAAAACAGUUCUUGAAAAGACAGUGAGGAUGGGGUGGGUGAGAUGGUUCCACCAUUAAGGCUUUUGCUACCAACAGCCCGAGUGUGAUCCUGGGACCCACGUGGUGGAAGGAGAAAACCACUCUGGAAAGUUGUCCUCCACUUUCCACACAGGCACUGUGGUACAUAAACCAAAAAAAAAUGAGUGAAUGUCCUUAAAAAUGGAAAAGGUGACGUGGAGUUACCUCACACUUCAGCAAGUCUCUAGUAACAGGGCAUUACAAAGUUCAGCCUUUUUUUUUUUUUAAACAGGGUUUCUCUGUGUAACCUGGCUGUCCUAGAACUCACCUUGUAGACCAGGCUGGCCUUGAACUCAGAGACCCACCUGCCUCUGCCUCCCAAGUGCUAGUUUUAAGAUGUGCACCACCUUCCUGAUAAGCAGAUACUAGAUUCGUAAUAUUUGCUAAAUGAUGCAGUUCUCAGGCUUUGAAGGUCAGGUUUACAGUCCAGGGGAGAUAAUUGAAAUGGUUUUGGUUAGAGGCAGGAGAGCUUUGUGUCUUUUUCAAUAAACAUUGUAACAAUAAGAUACAGAGAAUCUUGUGUGGAUUUCACUGUACCACCUUCAAACUGUAAGAGUGUGGUAUGUUGUGACCCCUGUGUCUCAGCUAUUGAAAAAAAAAGGAAUGGCAGUGUACUAACUCUAGGGAGACACUCUCAGGAAAGCAUGCUCAAGCUUUGGGACCACACUAUUCUUGUCACACGUCAGACAGAUAAUCCUGCAUAUCAGAUAUCUGCAUCCCAAUUCAAAACUAGCCAAAUUACAAUUAAGAAGCAGCAAUGAAAUAAUUUUAUGGUUGGGAGUCACCAUAACAUGAGGAACUGCAUUAAAGGGACCCAGCAUUAGCAAGGUUGACAACCACUGCUCUAUAACCUGCUAUGCCCUUCAGAGUUGUGAAAUGACUCUUCAGGUGUGACUCUUCAGGUCACAUUUAUAGCCAAAGGACUAAGACCGCAGAGCAUUUGGAGCUUUGUUGGAAGUAAAUCAGGACCUCGAGACACCCAAAAAGAGGAGGGAAGCCCGGGCAGUCCAACUCCUGCACCUAACACCUCAUGCGGCACUGAGUCAUCGUGGAAGAUAAUUGUACACUGUUUUCUCGCAAACACUGGAAAAAGAAAAAUCCGUCACAGAGUUGCCAUCAGGACACUUGAGAUAAAAUUUAUACACAAUCUGGUGACCUAUGUGAAAGAUUGUUGACGAUUUCUAAACUUACCCUGCAAAAAAGUCCAUGUCCCAUCAACAGAACAGAGAAGCCAAACUGGGAACCUGACCAGUAUGCUGUACUGGGUGCUUGAAAAAUGGUGCAAAAUGUGCUUGUUUCCAGAGCCCAACACCAGGUCCUGGAGCCUCACGGUCCCCUGCAUAGCUUACAAAGAGUGAGCUACUACAGAAUGCUUUUUUUGUUUGUUUACUUGUUUGGUUGGUUUUUUGAGACAGGCUUUCUCUGUGUAGCCCUGCCUAUUCUGUAACUUACUUUGUAGACCAGGCUAUCCCUGAACUCAGAGGUUCACCUACCUCUGCCCUCCAAGUGCCACUACUCCCUGGCCAGAAUUUUAUAAGCCGACUUUAUCUGGUUUCUACCAUCUACAGCCUAUGCAGCAGUACCUGACAAGCAUUUGUGAACGGUCCGGAUUCCUGUUCUGCUCUUAAAUAGGGUCUCCUUCCAAGAGCCAGGGCUGUAGGUGAGCCACCGUGCUUUGUACGGGCAGUCUCGAAGAGAGGAAAACUCAAAUAUAGACCUCAUGUAAGUCUAAAAUCUUUAAACACUCAUUAGAUGUGAGCAGUGAUGGCCUGGUGGUGGUCUAACAGUGUACAGAGAAUUAGAAAAGACGUACAGCUGUCAGUCCCAAGGCAAGCCGGGGUUGAUUUUGGUUUUUUGAGCUUACUAUAUAGGUCUGGCUGGGCCUGAACUCAGAUCCUCUUACCUCUGCCAAGUGCAGAAGUAAAGGUGUGUACCACCACAACCUGCAUAGUCAUUUUUAAAGCAGGUAAGAAAGACACUUAGGAUGGAACUGUGUUCAAAGUAAAAGGUUACUGUAACACCUCCUCUCCCUUCUCUGAGGACAGUUCUGCUUUGCUCAUUCCGGAGCAAUUAGCCUCUCUGGCUUAGGCCAAGUCUUGUUUGUCCUUUUCUUUUUUUAAUGAUUUAUCUACUUUAUGUUCAUUGAUGUUUUACCUGAAUGUAUGUCUGAGUGAGGGUGACAGGUCUCUUGGAGCUGCCAUGUGGGUGCUGAGAAUUGAACCUGAGUCAUGAGGAGGUUCAUUUAUUAUUGUUUUCCUUGAGUACAGGACUGCAGUCAAGAUGUUGGCCAGACGGCACUGCUGGUGAGGUUUUAUUUCUCAUGAGGUUAUUUUAUGUGGAUUACCUGGUUAUCUUCUGUAGGAUGUUCUGCUUAAAUGUCAAAUGUGUUCCUAGAAUUUCACGUUUGAAUAAUUGACUUCAUGCUUGUGAACUAUCAACAAUCCUGUUGUGUAAAGGCACACCUGUAACAUAGCAUUCAGGAGGCAGAAAAGGCAGAAAGUGCAAGCAGGUUGCCCAUUUCAGACUCCUAACCUGUGGGUGCACCUCAACAGUGCUGCCAGCGGAGGGAGUGGAAGCCUUACUGUAGAUACCCCAGCAGUGCUUUUGGGAGACAAAGCCCAGAGUGACCAAGGAAAAGGCCAUUACAAACAGAAGCAGCCCAUGCCUGCCUCAGAAAAGGAUUAUAGAGAAUCAGACCCAAAGACAUAAAAGACCAAUUGUCAUCCUAACAAAUCCGAUGUCACGGGAUUUUAAGAAAUUAUAUUCACAUUAAAUGUGGAUGUUGAGAGAGGGCUCAACAGUUAAGAGUGUAUUCUUGAAGAGGACAAGAGUUCAGGCCUCAUACAUGGGGGAGCUCACAACUGCCUGUUCCUGCAGCACCAGGGGAUCCAGCGCCUAGCAGGUACCUGUGCUCAAACAUACAUACCCUCACGCAUGCAAUUAAAAUAAGCUCUGGUUA